CCAUUAGCAUUCAUAUCCACUAAACACACACGCACACACACACAGUGGUCACCGACUAUUUGUCAAAAUGCCUCGCCCAAAAUUAGCCUUAUUAUUCUUUCCCCUUCUCCUCCUCCUCCUCCUCUUGGCAACCACCUCCCACGCCCACAACAUCACACGAAUCCUCGCCAAAGACCCCGAAUUCUCCACCUUCAACCAGUACCUGACCCGUACUCACCUGGCGGCCGAUAUCAACCGCCGCCUCACCAUCACAGUCCUGGCCGUCGACAAUGCUGGCAUGUCAUCUCUCCUCUCCAAGGGCUUUCCCCUCUACACCAUUCGCAACGUCCUCUCACUCCACAUCCUUGUUGACUACUUUGGUGCCAAGAAGCUCCACCAGAUCAGCAAGGGCUCCACCUUGACUUCCAGUGUCUUCCAAGCCAGUGGUGCCGCCCCAGGCACCUCUGGUUUUGUCAACAUCACCAACCUCAAAGGUGGUAAGGUCGGCUUUGGUGUUGAGGACAAUGAUGGUCAUCUCAAUUCCCGCUUUGUCAAGUCCAUCAAGGAGAUUCCAUACAAUAUCUCCGUCAUUCAAAUCAGUCAGGUGUUGACUUCAGCCGAAGCCGAAGCGCCGACUUCAGGACCAAGCGAGUUGAAUGUAACGUCUAUAUUGUCAAAGCAAGGCUGCAAAUCUUUCGCCGAUUUGUUAAUAGCCACUGGAGCCGACACCACCUACCAGUCCAACACUGAGUCUGGCUUAACGAUUUUUUGUCCAACUGACGGCGUUAUCAAAGGUUUCAUGCCAAAGUACAAAAACUUAACGGCUCCCAAGAAAUUAUCGUUACUGUUAUAUCACGGUAUCCCCGUUUACCAAUCCCUUCAAAUGCUUAAACAAAAUAACGGAGUCGUUAACACACUGGCUACAGACCGUGCCAAUAAAUAUGAUUUCACGGUGCAAACUGACGGCGAGUACUUGACGUUAGAGACCACGGUCGUGACGUCCAAGGUUACUGGGACGUUGAUUGACAAGGAGCCGUUAGCCGUUUAUAAGCUGAAUAAGGUUUUGAUGCCUAAGGAGCUGUAUAAGUCGACUGAAGCCGCUUCGCCGAAAUCCAGUAGCGAUGACUCUGACAAAGACGCCGAUGCCCCCGAGAGUGAUUCGGAUGAUCAGACGGCUGACGAUAACGGUGCCGUUGGAAUAAACGGCGGGACCAUGGCUGUGGUCUUUUUGAGCUUGUGCGUGGGAUAUUUGCUUGUGUGAUUAAUGUUUGUUAGUAUCAACGUCGUUCUUUCUAAUCAACAAUGUUCAUACACAGCUAAGAGCUCUUCUUGGGUGGGGCUUUGAAUUCUUUUUCUAUAAUUCUCAUUAUCCUUUUGUGGAGAAUAAAAUAUUGGUGGGUCACUCCAUGUAUUGAGAGAAUCUUUUGCAUUGUUUUCAAGAUUAUAUAUAAAUGUAUAGAGACAAUUUGUUUGAGUAAUGAUACGUAUCAAUUGUAUUUUUUUCUUUUAGACAAAUAAGUUUUCAUCAUGACUUUUGUGAA